UCUUUGUGCACUCGCUAUGGUUUUAAGGUGAAUUAUUUGUCGCAUGUAAAGGACGGCGACAACAGAUCGUAUUAACGAGCUGCCACCGAGACAAAGCAGCUGCCAGCUGACACUAUAACGUAUGUGCCGUUUUAAUUUUGGGUUCGAUGCCAGUUCCACUUUCUGCAAACGAACAACGCGGUGUUUCCGUGGGGCGGUAGAGAUCCGUUGUCGAAUUGGGCGUAUGAGGAAGUUCUGACAGAGAGGGGUGGAAAAGGAAAAUAAAAAAACAACCUAGAAGUACGAAAAAGAAAUCAGAUUUGGACUGAAAAUGCCUCCAGUUACAGUCUGCAUCGUCGGAUCUGGAAACUGGGGUUCUGCAGUUUCCAAAAUCAUCGGACAGAAUGUGAAAAGAAACAACCGUUUUUCCCCAACGGUCAAAAUGUGGGUUUAUGAAGAAAUAAUUGAUGGAAAGAAGCUAACGGAGAUCAUUAAUACGCAACAUGAAAAUGUCAAAUAUCUCCCGGGUCACCAACUGCCCAAGAAUGUGGUGGCUGUUUCUGAUAUCGCAGAAGCUGUGAAAGGAGCAAAGGUCCUCGUCUUUGUGCUUCCACACCAGUUCAUCAGUAAGCUCUGUGAUCAGAUGAAGCCUCACAUCAUGGAGGGAGCCUUCGGGAUAUCACUUAUCAAAGGCAUCGAUGAAGGACCGGAUGGACUUAAGCUCAUCUCGCAAAUCAUCCGUGAUAAACUGGAGAUUGAGGUCAGCGUCCUAAUGGGGGCAAACAUUGCCAGAGAAGUGGCUGAAGAGAAGUUCUGUGAAACCACUAUUGGGGCAAAAAAUAAGGCACACGGCACUAUCUUCAAGGAGCUGCUUCAGACGGCCAACUUUCGUAUCACCGUUGUCUCGGAGAGUGACACAGUGGAGCUUUGUGGUGCUCUAAAGAAUAUCGUGGCAGUCGGCGCUGGGUUCUGCGAUGGCCUUGGCUUUGGCGACAACACCAAGGCAGCAGUGAUCCGUCUGGGUCUGAUGGAGAUGGUUGCCUUUGCUAGGAUGUUCUGCAAAAGUGAAGUCAACUCGGCCAUUUUCCUGGAAAGCUGCGGCGUGGCCGACCUCGUCACCAGCUGCUACGGUGGACGAAACCGCAAAGUUGCCGAGGCGUUUGUCAAAACGAAAAAGUCGAUUGCACAGCUGGAGGAAGAAAUGCUCAACGGCCAGAAGCUGCAGGGUCCACAGGCCGCCGCCAAGGUCUACCAAAUUCUCCAAAAGAAGGGCAUGUUGGAAUCGUUUCCAUUGUUUGUUGCUGUCCAUCAAAUCUGCUUCGAGGGGAAAGAAGUGAAAGAUUUCAUCACCUGUCUGCAGAACCACCCAGAACACAUGUAACAACCGGCCUUUUCAAUGGCAACACACUACCACUAGAGGGAGCACGAAAUUCAUUAAAGGCAAACGCACAACAAAUCAAGAAUCCAUUCUUGUAGCAUUAAAUAAGGAAACCUGUGUUAUCUUUUUAAUCAGAUAUUUGUUGAUCUGCGUCUGCUUUUAUAUUUCAUCAAAUGUAUGAUUUUAAUAUACUAUGCUUUUUUUUUUUAACCACAUUUGAUUGGAUGCAGAAACAUUAUUUUUCAUGUGUCAGGUACUAAUUUGCUUGUUUUUAAAGGCCACCGAAGUGGACCAAAGGAUUUGUUGUAAUUUUGUACUCGCAUAUAUAAAACCAGCAACAUUUCUGGCUUAUCUUUUACAACUUUAUAGCAUCUUUAAAAUCCAAAAGCUCAUUUCCAGUUUCUGAAAUUUUACUGUA